AUGGAUCGAGCUGGUCUGGGGACGGAGGAGCAGCGGCGGGGGGGCGGGCAGGCGGCGGAAGGGCGGCCGCUGGAGUGCAGCUGUUCCACCGGCAGAUGUCCCCGGUGCACCGCUGCAGGAUCCCGGGUCCGAGCUGCGAUGCCACAUAAAACUCUGGCUUCAUCGUCCAUGGCAACGAAAAACCAAAGAGUGGCGACAACAAAUCAAGAGAAGAAAGGCUUUUCAUCCCAGGCGAAGAGAUUUUCAUCACAACUCCAUCCGAAUGAAAACCCAGGACCGGGCAGCUACGACUGUGUUUCCAAUGCUGAAGUUAAAAGUCCGUCCUUCUCGAAGAAAGGCACCACAGGCUUUGUGGCGUCCAAGGGAACCGGGGGUUACAGUAACCCACAGAGAAACAUCCCAGGACCAAAUGUCUACAACACACAGAGCUCCUUCAUAAACAAGUAUGAUUUUAGCUCUGGCGUCUCCAGGGCGUUCAGACUGCCACUGGCUGUGCAGCCGGACGGUCCCAAGCAGAUAACACCAGCUCCAAAUCAAUAUGACGUCAGCUGUGGGAGUAGAGAGAGAUUCUCCUCGGUGGUCGGUACUUCAGCGUUCCUCUCAAAAACGGGACGUGACUCUUUCUAUCCAAAUAAAAACCUGCCUUCACCAUGCCACUAUGAGGUGGACAACUACAGGAUCCAGAACAGCUCCAAAGUGGUCUUGUCCCCCUUCAGAUCUAAAACCCAGAGAAUCCCUGCUCUCGUGGACAAACAUGUCCCCGGCCCCGGAGCCUACAGUCCCCAUAGGGCCCCCACACCAGUGAAGAAGACCCUCCUACCGAGGGGUUGUUAUUUGGCGAGAUCACAGCCUGCCCCGAUUGUUGCUAAGGAUCCGCCCCUGCCGGGCCCCGGGCAGUAUGAUGUACAGAAUCGUGACGCCACGUCCAAACAUCCCAUGCUCACUGCAGCGUUUGCUUCCAGAACUGAAAGAUUACCCCAAUACCUUUGUACCGAAGUGAAGCCGGGUCCAGGUUUCUAUGAUCCACAGAUUCUGGUAAAGCACUCUUUCUUCUACAAUGAUUCCAGAGUCUGGCUCCCGGUUUGAAGCUUUCAAGGAG